AUGAACGUCGAUGAUGUCGAGGACCGCGAUGGCGUUCGCCUCUCCUGGAACGUAUGGCCCUCGUCCAAGAUCGAGGCAACCAGGACCGUAGUCCCCAUCAGCGCCCUCUACACCCCUCUCAAGGAGCGCGAGGACCUGCCCCCCGUCCUCUACGAGCCCGUCACCUGCAAGCCCCCCUGCCGUGCCGUGCUCAACCCUUACUGCCAAAUCGACGUGCGCGGCAAGCUCUGGAUCUGCCCCUUCUGUCUCUCGCGCAACGCCUUCCCCCCGCACUACAAGGACAUCAGCAGCACCAACCUCCCCGCAGAGCUACUCCCCAAGUACACCACCAUCGAGUAUACCCUCAGCCGCCCCGCACAGAUCCCACCCAUCUUCCUCUACGUCGUCGACACCUGCAUGGACGACGACGACCUCAAGGCCCUCCGCGAGUCGCUCGUCGUCAGCCUCAGCCUCCUCCCGCCCAACGCACUCGUCGGCCUCAUCACCUACGGCACCAUGGCCCAGGUCCACGAGCUCGGCUACGACGCCUGUCCCAAGAGCUACGUCUUCCGCGGCACCAAGGAGUACGCUCCCAAGGCCAUCCAGGACAUGCUCGGCCUCAACCCGGGCGCCCGUCCCAUGGGGCCCGGCGCUCCCGGCGCUCCCGGCGGGCCCUCCCAGGCUCCUCGUCCGCCCAACGCAACCGCCCAGAUGGGCGCCUCGCGCUUCCUCCUCCCCGUCUCCCAGUGCGAGUUCCAGCUGACUCAGAUCCUCGAGCAGCUCCAGAAGGACCCCUGGCCCGUCGCCAACGACAAGCGCAGCCAGCGCUGCACCGGCGUCGCCCUCAGCGUCGCCGUCGGCAUGCUCGAAACCACCUUCCCCAACACGGGCGCACGCGUCAUGCUCUUCUGCGGCGGUCCCGCCACCGAGGGCCCCGGCAUGGUCGUCUCCACCGAGCUGCGCGAGCGCAUCCGCUCCCACCACGACAUUGACAAGGACAAUGCAAAGUACUACAAGCGCGCCAUCAAGUUCUACGAGGCCAUGGCAAAGCGCGCCGCCGGCAACGGCCACACCAUCGACGUCUUUGCCGGAUGCCUCGACCAGGUCGGCCUGCUCGAGAUGAAGGGCCUCUGCAACCUCACCAACGGCCACAUGAUCCUCGCAGACAGCUUCCAGAUGGGCAUCUUCAAGCAGUCCUUCCACCGCAUCUUUCACAAGGACGACCAGGGCCACCUCCAGAUGGGCUUCAACGCCACGCUCGACGUCCAGUGCACAAAGGAGCUCAAGGUCUCCGGCCUCAUCGGCCACGCCGUCUCGGCCAACAAAAAGUCGGGCUGCGUCGGCGAGACCGAGAUCGGCAUCGGCCAGACCUCGGCGUGGAAGCUCUGCUCGCUCACGCCGCGCACCUCGGCGGGCAUCUACUUUGAGGUGGUCACGCCGCCGGGACAGCCCAUGCAGCCCGGCUCGCGCGGCCUGAUCCAGUUUGUCACGCACUACCAGCACGCCUCGGGUCAGUACCGUCUGCGCGUCACGACGAUCGCACGCAACUUUGCCGAGGGCGGUUCGGGCCAGAUCGCCGCCUCGUUCGACCAGGAGGCCGCCGCGGUGCUCAUGGCGCGCAUCGCCGUAUUCAAGGCCGAGAUCGACGACAGCCCGGACGUGCUGCGCUGGCUCGACCGCAUGCUGAUCCGGCUGUGCCAGAAGUUUGCCGACUAUCGCAAGGACGACCCGACGUCGUUCCGGCUGGGCGAAAACUUUAGCAUCUAUCCGCAGUUCAUGUUCCACCUGCGUCGAUCGCAGUUCCUCCAGGUGUUCAACAACUCGCCCGACGAGACGGCGUUCUACCGCCACGUGCUCAACACGGAGGACGUCAACAACUCGUUGAUCAUGAUCCAGCCCACGCUCAUGUCGUACGGGUUCGAGGGUCCGCCGCAGCCGGUGCUGCUCGACUCGGUGUCGAUCCGGCCGGACGUGGUGUUGCUGCUCGACACGUUCUUCCACAUCCUCAUAUUCCACGGCGAGACGGUGGCGCAGUGGCGAAAGGCCGGGUACCAGGACCAGGAGGGGUACGAAAACUUCAAGGAGGUGCUCGAGAAUCCCAAGGCGGACGCGCAGGAUCUGCUGGCGGACCGCUUCCCCAUCCCGCGCUACAUUGUGUGCGACCAGAACGGAUCGCAGGCGCGCUUCCUGCUCAGCAAGCUCAACCCAAGCACGACGCACAUGAGCGGCGGCAUGUACGGCGCGUCGGGCGGCAGCGGCGCCGCCAUCUUUACCGACGACGUCUCGCUCCAGGUGUUCAUGGAGCAUCUCAAGCGUCUGGCCGUGGGCGCCUCGUCGAACUGA